AUGCAAAAACCUACCGAAUAUCACGGCGCUCCGCCACCCAGAACGUGGCGGAAACCUGAAUAUCUGGGGUUCCUCCAUAAAUGUUUCAUAUUUUGUCUUUUAAUAUCACAAGCUCAUGCUAUAUAUGAAGGCGAUGACUGGAAAGUUUUUCCAAAUCCACAUCUGGAAGAAGGAUUGGUAUUUGAGAAAAUGGCCGUUGAUCCUUCUACCACUAGGAUAUUCGUUGGAGGAGUUAAUCAUCUGUACGAUAUAUCUUCUGCUGAUCUUUCAGUACGUGUUCAUGCAGUCACUGGCCCUGAAGAGGAUUCAUAUGAUUGUAGAGGACGAAACGAUGCAUGUUCCGUGCAGAGAUACAAGACCAAUUCCUAUUGUAAAGCUCUAGCUAUUGAUGAUAAGUCUUCAAGACUUAUAGAAUGUUCCAAUUUAUACCAAGGGCGAUGUCGUUUGCGUAAUUUGCAUAACAUAACCCAGGCUCUAGUUGAAUCGGGAGAUCCUUUAUUAUCAAACGAUGACAAUUCGAGUUCAGUCGUUUUUGUGGGGAACGGUUCAGAUGAUAUUGAGGGACCUGUGCUAUAUGUUGCGUCCACUUAUGUGAACGGAAAAUUUCGUGAUGAGAUACCAGCUGUAGCAGCAAGGUCUCUGACCGAGUACUUCGAGUUGGCGGCUAAAGAUAUUGCCACUUCAACUGCCAUUAGUGUUGAAAGAAAGUAUAGGUCAACGUAUAGAAUCAAUUAUGUGAACGGGUUUCAAGUAGGAGAUUACGCUUAUUUUGCUACUAGGCAAGGAAAAACUAUAGCGGAAGAUUCUCAAGUUCAAUCUCGGCUCAUUCGAGUUUGUACAGGGGAUAAGAAAUUUUAUAGUUACACUGAGGUUCCACUUGAGUGUUCAACGAAGGAUCAGGAUUACAACUUACUACAGGACCUUUAUGUUGGCACAGCUGGAUAUAAUUUGGCUAAUUCUUUAGGCAUAGCUCAAGGGGAGCAAGUCCUUUAUGGCGUGUUCUCCGCCAGUGAGCCAGAUUCUCAUCGAAGAGAAUCACCAUCGAGAAAGUCAGCCGUUUGUAUUUAUCAGAUGAAGAAAGAUGUAGAAGCUAUGUUUCAAACAAACAUCAUGAAUUGCUACCAAGGGAGAGUUACAAAGCAGCUACCUUGGUUCAAGUCAGCUGAUAAGUGUGAAGAAACUAGACUUCAGUGGGAAUUCGUGAAAUGUGGAAAAGAUGUGAACAGCGUAAUAGGAGGAGGGUUGCCUAUUAAAGCUAAGCCCGUCUUUACUGUUGACGAUGCUCGAUUCACUGCAAUCGCCGUGAAUACUACCCAUGGUAAUACAGUAGCUUUCAUUGGUACUGAUUCGGGAACGUUGAUAAAGACUCUUAUCAUAAACUCUACCACUGCUGAACAGUAUGGUUCCGAAGAAGUAUCCCACAAUGAGCCUAUCCUCCAAGAUCUAGAGUUCAGCGAAAAUGGGAAACAUAUUUAUGUUUUGACACCCAGUAAGCUCGUCAAAUUACAAACUUCUACAUGUGAUGUCAAUGCUACAACAUGUGGAGCUUGCUUAUCCAAAGGUGAUCCUUACUGUGGUUGGUGUGUAAGGAAUAACAUGUGCACAGAGGAAGAUAGUUGUGAGAAAGUUGUUCCGAGAACGUCCGGAUGGCUUUCAUUUCAAGACAAUCAAUGCCCCAAUAUCAAAUCUGUGACACCUGACAGAAUCCAAAUUACCACUGCUGAUUUCCUAAACGUGUCGUUGGAGAACAUCGAAGUAGCGAAGACAAAAUACAAGUGUUCCUUUCGGUUUAGCAAUGGCCGAAUAGUGGAUACCGAACCAUCGUAUCCUGCUAAUGGAAACCUCCGUUGCUCAACUCCAUCUCUCACUAAAAUUCCCGCCAUCCCUGCUAAUGCUUCUUACAUUGAUGCCACACUCAGUAUUGUUCCGGAAGGCCGAACUAUUCCAAUAGCUUCGUCCAAGUUUUCGUUCUAUGAUUGUGGGCGACACGCAACUUGUUCUCAAUGUUCAACAAGCAAAUUUCCAUGUGAUUGGUGUUUGGAAUCGAAUGAGUGUGUAGCUGGUAAACUGACUGAGGAUAAAUGCCGGAAGCUACAUAUAGUCAAUGGUUUGAAGAGAGAUGGUCCUUCUAGGAGGAAAGGCCCUGAAUGGUGCCCACACAUAAAGCUAACGAAGAAUAAAAUCUACGUUGCUGCCGGAGAAAGGAAAAACAUUUCUGUCAAUGUCCAAAACUUGGAUCCAAAUUAUAUGACAGAGUUUCGCUGCGAGUUCAAGAUAGGAAACACUGUACAUGAAAAGCUUGCGAAAAGAGAAGGAGAUAAUCAGAUAACAUGUGAGGAAAUGCUGUUCGACUAUCAAGGGAUCACUGCAACCAGUGGAAGUACUCCAAUUGGCUUCAACGUUAUUUGGUCGUCCAAUGAAGCACCUGUUUCCCACGUUUUGGAUAACGAAGACGGCGUUUCGAUUGAAGUGUAUAAGUGCGAAUUACUGGCUACUAAUUGCGGUCAAUGUCUUACCCUCGAUCCUGCAAACUUUGAGUGUGGGUGGUGUGGUUCAGAGAAUCGAUGUGCUCGUCCAAAAUCUUGCAAGGUCAAAUCAUCUCGUGAUUGGUUGAACAGCACAAUGCUUUGCGCAAAUCCUACCAUUACUGAUUUCACUCCCAAAAAAGGCCCGUUUGGUGGAAAAACAAGAGUUCGCAUAAUGGGAACCAAUCUGGGACGAAAGUUCAGGGACAUACAAAAUGCUAUCACAAUAGCCAAUGUACCGUGCACUGUUCUUCGAAAUGGCUAUCAGCCUGCUUCUGAAAUAGUGUGUGAAACAGGGGAGGACGUUAUGAAAAGCAGCAAGGGGCCAGUUGUGGUACGAUUGAAAGAUAGAGCUGAAUACGUAGCUAUCUCUGAUCUUGUGUUCUCAUAUGUUCACCCUAAUGUCAGCAAAAUUUCUCCUGAUGAGGGUCCUCGAUCUGGAGGAACUGAUGUAGCUUUGUUCGGUCAUAACCUGGAUGCAGGAAGUGAAGUUGUUGUUCUAUUUGGCAACGUUCCAUGUGAAGUGAGAGAUAGGAACGCUUCAGUACUUAUAUGUCGUACUAUGCCUUCUGGGGAAUUGUAUGGUCAAUUACCAUUAAAUAUCUCUUUUGAUGGCUCACCAACAAGGAAUGUUCUGCCCAUUAGCUUCAAUUUCAAGGCAAACCCGAGGUUCUCACGAAUAGAUCCCGAUAUUAGCAUUGCGUCUGGAGGAAUACAGAUCGAUGUUCGAGGACAAGGGUUUACAAUGUUGCAACGGCCAUAUAUGGUGUUCCUGUCUGAUGGAGAUAUUGACCAACCUGGACCUUACUGUUCAAUCAAAGAUGAUUCUCUGAUGGUUUGCGAAACACCCCGCUUGCCGGCAAGCGAUCGUUUUCUUAUUGCUCCUACAAAACCGUUGAAGCAGAGUUUUGCUUUUGAUUUUGAUGGAUCCAGAACAGAAACGCGACAGAUCAGAGUCUAUCCUAACCCCACAGUAGACCAAAUAAGCGAGACCCGUUUCUAUCGACCAGGAGAAAACUCUUUGACAAUCAACGGCAAGGAUUUCAACUUAGGAGCAACUGAGAGAGAUAUAAGAAUAACUGUCGGUGGUGUGGAUUGUCCUCUAACUGCGCUCGCCAACAAAGUUGUUACUUGUCGCCCACCAAGCAACAAACCGUCUUCAGUUGGAGGUUCCACUCCCCAGAUCGAUGUAAAAAUCGGAAGUUUGAAUUUCACAGCUGGAGAGCUAUCGUAUGAUGCACCUGGAAUGCCAUAUGGAGCUAUAGUACCCAUAUUUUUCCUUGUUUUUGGGCUUGUGGCUUUACUCAUCAUAUUGACGAUUUGUUACAAAAAGAACACAAGUUCUCACAGGCGUCAGAUGAAGUUCUUGAAAAAUCAAAUGGAUACAAUUGAGAUGAAAGUUGCGACGGAAUGCAAAGAAGCUUUUGCCGAGUUACAAACUUCUUUGAAUCAGUACACAGCUGACUUGCCACUUGGAACACCAGUCGUGCCCUUCCUCGAAUAUAAGGAUUAUUGUGCAAGAGUUCUCUUCCCCAAUAAUCCUCUCACUCAUCCAGUUCUUCAUGAGCUUGAAGUAGAAAGUGGACGCGCGGGCUCAGUAGAGUCUGGGCUUCGUGAGUUCCACAAACUGCUGAUGAAUAAGACAUUCUUCCUAACAAUGGUCCGAACUAUGGAGAGCAACAAAUAUUUCCUGGGGAAAGACCGAGUAUAUGUUGGAUCUCUUAUAAUGGUCGUGCUACAAGAGAAAAUGGGCUAUUGCACAGAAAUGUUGAAGCAACUACUUCGAGAGUUGAUAGAAAAAACGGUCGAAAAGAAGUUCCAACCAAAGAUUCUUUUCCGCAGAAGUGAAAGCAUUGCUGAACGUAUGCUAGCAGCAUGGUUCACUUUCCUGAUGCAUGACUAUCUGAGGAACUAUGCAGGCAAGCGGCUGUACGAUCUUUAUUGGGGAAUCAAGCAACAGAUGGAGAAAGGUCCUCAAGAUGCUGCCACAUUAGAAGCACGUUAUUCUCUUUCUGAAGAGAAACUAUUGCGUGCUACUUUCGAAUACAGAGAGUUGACGAUUUUUGUUGCCAAUGACUCGGCUACCUAUUCAUAUCCUGACUUACCAGUCAAAGUGCUCGAUUGUGAUACCAUAACUCAGGUCAAAGAGAAAUGUUUGGAUGCGAAAUACAGAACGGUCAGGUACUCUGAGAGGCCUUCAGCAAACGAUCUGGACUUAGAAUGGAGAACAGGUCCUAAUGGACGUCAAGUACUGCAGGACAUUGAUACUACUUCUAAGAUUGAACCGGGUGGUUGGAAGAAGUUGAACACGCUGGCUCAUUACAAUGUGACGAACCAUUCCGUUCUGAUACUAACUGCACGUCAGAAUUCACUCUAUAACUUGUCCUUGCUAUCGGAUCGCAGUGAAAAAUCCUCUCUGAGCUUGAAGAAUAGUCCAACAAUGAGUAGGCCGUGGGGAGGAACUACUAGUAGUAGUAAUUCAAAAGAUGCUGAGAUGGGAUACAAAACUUAUCAUCUGGUCAAGCCAACUGAACACGGUCCCUCGGAAAGCCAGGAGAAAAUGGUCACCGAGAUUUACCUUACCAGAUUACUCAUGAUGAAGGGAACUCUCCAAAAAUUCAUCAAUGAUUUAUUGGAAGCCAUUUUCUCAACCUCACGAUCAUCUCCAUUACCUGCGGCCAUAAAGUACAUGUUUGAUUUUAUGGACGAGCAGGCUUUGGAGCAUGGCAUAUCCGAUCCUGAGGUUGUACAUGCUUGGAAAAGUAAUGCUCUGCCAUUGAGAUUCUGGGUUAAUUUAAUCAAGAAUCCUCAUUUCGUUUUCGACAUCCAGAAGCCAACAAAGGUCGAAGGAUGCUUGUCUGUUGUUGCUCAAACUCUUAUGGACGCUUGUUCAACUCAAGAUCAUCAAUUAACAAAAGACUCUCCUUCAAGCAAGUUAUUGUUCGCGAAAGAUAUGUAUCAAUACAGAGACUGGGUCGAUAGCUAUUACACUGAGAUAUCGCGAAUGCAACCUAUUUCUGAUCAGGAUAUGAGCAAUCUCUUGCUGGAAGAAUCUCGUAACCAUCGUGGACAGUUCCAUGUUUAUUCAGCUUUGAACGAAUUAUAUAAAUAUCUAGAUCAAUAUAAGGAUUCCAUAAUGGAGGCUUUGGAACAGAACGAUCAUGCUCAAGCUAGUAGAUUGCCUGGAAGACUUCAAGAAAUGCUGAAUGUUAUGGAACUGGAUUGUGGAAGAACUGAAUACGAUGGAUCUACCUUGGGUUUAGGAUAUAAUUCAAACAGCCGUUUAAUGCCCCGGGAAAGAAUGUAG